UCGUUAAAGGGAGAUGACUCUAAAACAGCGCGAAAAAUGGAAAGGAGAAACUUUUCGACAAGGAAUAGAUACAACAUAACAAAGUACUUAAAGGUUAAUGACAAAAAAGCUAUUCAGAUGGAGAUUCAUAGAACUAAUAAUGAAUCCUCCCAAAGAAAGAGUUCAAAGAGAGUGGAAAGAAGGCACUUAAAGGAAAUAGAGAGUUUACUACGAGACAUUGUUACAAAGCGUAUAGAAAAUGAAGACAACAAAAGUAAAAGCACUUCAACAGAAGCUAAAAUUAUAACAGGUGAGAUGAUUAGACUCGGAUAUACCUUCAAGAACAAAAAAGAAAAUCAGAUUUUACUUUUAUCUGAUGGAAGUGAUGAAGAAGAUUUGUAUGCUCACUCUCUGAAGAUUUAUAAAGAGAAGUUAGUGGUGUUCUACUAUUCUUUAGAGGAGCCUGAUAGCCCUGGUUCUACUGCACACAUGUCACAGAUGUUAAGAGCAUUGAAUGAUGGGAAUCUGUCUCAGUCACAAGCAGGCACUGUUAGCAUCAGUAGUUACUUCCGGAAGAAAAAUCCUUCUUCCGCAUCCAUCAGAGACAAGAAAACUGAGUUAUCCAAGGAGAAAAUCAACACAGAAUGUACAGACGGAAGGACUAAGGAAAAAAUAGAUCAAGCAGAUGUUUCAGAUCAUACUGUAAAACACCAGGCAAUCAAGAAAAUUGUGAAACGUUGUGCACCGACUCUGUCAAGAAGAAUGAAACAUAGGAAGAUGGUGGCUACAGACCCUAAAGCAGCAGAUGUUUAUGACUUUGAGGAUUCUAGUGAUAGUGUGGACACAAAAAAUACCUUGGAUUCUGUUGAGGUGUCAAAUGAUGAGUGUGAUCAACAUACAUGUGCAGAAUCGAGGGUGUCCUUAGAAAUGGAGGAUCGGUGUUGUCAGGACAAAGGAUCAACUUCCAAGAUUCUAGCUGAAACUGCCUCCAGAAGUUGUACAGAUUUUGAUGAUUCUUCAAGGAGUUCUUCAGGAGGAAGUUUGACAGGUAGAAAUGUGGGUCAAAAUAUGUCAGGUUCAUCUGAAAAGUCUUCGGAGAAGGAUUCGAGUGUAGUGAUUGAAUCUGAUAGCAGCAGUAGCUGUGCAGUUGACAGUGCUUUCUUUAAGGAAAACAACAGUAGUGAAAGUGGCAGAAACCCUGUUAUUCUAGCAACUUCUCCCAGUGAAUCUAACAAAAUGAAAGUAGAUUCUGAUGAGGCUGAGGAUAGUGAAAGAGCACAACUCUUAUGCAACAACAGGGACACUCGUGUGUAUUCUUGCUCAGAAUUACCAGAAUUUAGUUUUCUGAAAAGGACUUCAAUGUCAAUGCCUCAGAAUCUAAGGGAGGGAACUCUGAAUCAAAAAUCAAGUGAUGAUUCAGACACAGAGGUGAUUAUACAAGAUUCAAGUGAUGGGCCUGAAUCACCCAAAUUUGACAGAGUGGUAGGUGAUAGACCAUUAAAGAGAUCUUCCUGUGUGUUGAAUUCUUCUACUGACGAUCCAGUGUGUAAAGAACAGAGAGGGGAGAUAAGGCCAAAGUUGAAAAGGCAAAGGGUCAAAGACAGUGUGUAUGAUUUUUCAUCAGACCAAUCAGAGGAGAGUGAUAAUUUACCAAAUGUAGAGGAAAGGAACUCCUCUAAAGACAUUGAACUGAAUGAAUGGGACGGACUGCCUGUUUUAUCCUCUAGUCGGAAUUCCAAAAGAGAGAAAAAUGACAGGAAAAGCAAUAAGAACUCUGAAAUUGGAACACAGGAUAAGAAAUUGAUCACAGACCCUCAUCAAGAUGAAACAAAAUCAGAAUCUGGGGAUCCCAUGGAUCAGUCGGGUUCAAGGAAAAUCGUACUUUUUAAAAGACCAAGCAAUAAUGUGGAGAAAAAAGAUACCAAACCUAGAGUGUUCUCAUUCAAGAAAUCCACAAACUCCAACAAAGUGAAAAGGCAGUCUAUCUUAAACUUCCUCACACUCAGCCAGCAGGAAGAGGCGAGUGAGGAGGAGAAGGAUGAAGAAGAGGGGGAUGGGGCAGAUUCCGGGGGUCUGGACUGUGUUAUCAUUGACGGACUGGACGAUCUCAGAGAACCCGAGUUCAAAGAUGAGGAGUCGAUAGCGAUCGAGAAUGAGAUGAAUACUUUAAGGAAAGUAGAUGAACUAAAUGAGCAGCAAUUACAUUAUCUGGUGAUGAAAAACAAAGUCUAUCUACAGGAUAUAUUCUCAGGAAAGAUUGCAUCAGACAGACAUACAGUUUACAGACAAGGAGGAAAGGCUAGAAGGGACUUAAAUCAUCAUGUUCAUCUGGGAUUAUUCACAGAGGAUCAGCUUGAUGUUGUCAUGGAAACCCUAAUGUCAAUAUUUUGCAAAAAGCACCACAAGUACCUGGAGUACAUAAUGAAAGUCCUUCUGCCGGAGACUCUCAUCAAAAUCUACAUGGACCAGCACAAUGUGUCCCACAACAGAGCAGAGGAAGACAUAGUUGAAGCUCUCACUAUUCCUGGAGGAAUCCAUAUUUGAUGUGACCUGAUUAAGGGACAAAUUCUGAUCAGAAGUCAUUGUAUUAGGCAUGGAGUUAUCUUUUCUGCUCCAUUACGGACGUCAGUUAAUACCAUCAGGAACCUAUAUAUAAAUAUAGAUCCUUGAUACCAUAUCACUUUCUCAUUUCUCAGGGAAAUGAAGCUAGUCAUGAGUUAUCUCCCUCUGUACUGCAAUUGGCAUUAUCAUUUUUAAAAAAAAAUUUUUUUUACAGAGUAUAGGCAAAUUAGACUUAUAAUUUGUUCUUCCUUUUAGAAACAUUCUUUUCUUUAGAUUGUUGUUCAUGUAUAUUGUUAUAUGAAUGUCAUAUACAUGUUUUAUUCAACAAUUUCUACCAUACAAUCACAUAUAUUUUGAAAGUUACAGAU